AUGGUCAAAACACAGCAAUGGCUUCUCAACGCCCACCCACAGGGAUUCCCGACCUACAGUGGCUCCAACCCAACAUUUAAGAAAACAGAGAAGGAUCUCCCUGCUAUCAAAGCCGACCAGGUCCUCGUAAAAUCCAAGUAUUAUUCCAACGACCCAGCCCAGCGCGGAUGGAUCGACCAAUACCCCGAUGAGAGCCGCCUGUACGUCCCGCCCGUCCACAUCGGCGACGUCAUGCGCGCCUCUGGCCUGGCCGAGGUCGUUGAAUCCCAAUCCGACAAGGUCAAGAAGGGCGACCUAGUGCGCGCAAUUCUCAACUGGACGGAAUACAGCGUGCUCGACGCGAAAGAUGUCCAGGUUUGCAGCCCGUUGCCCAAGAAUGCGCCGCCCACGCACUACCUAGGCGCCCUCGGCCUCACCGGGCUGACGGCAUACAUGGGCCUGCUGGAGGUGGCGCAGGCGACCAAGGACGACAUUGUCGUCGUCUCCGGCGCUGCUGGCGCUACCGGCUCCAUGGUGGUGCAGAUCGCGAAGAAGAUCGUGGGCUGCAGGAGGGUCAUUGGCAUCGCGGGCGGGCAGAAGAAGUGCGACUGGGUGAAGAAGCUGGGGGCGGACGAGUGCGUCGACUACAAGGCCGCCGACUUUAAGCAGCAGCUUUCCAAGGCUACUACAGAGUACGCGAAUGUUUACUUCGACAACGUCGGCGGUGACAUCCUGGACUUUGUGCUUACCCGGAUGGCACGGGACGGAAGAAUUGCCGUGUGCGGUGCAAUCUCACUGUACAACGCGAAGGAGGAUGAUGGAGGAGACAGGCUUACGAACUGGUUCCAAAUCGUCUGUAUGAGGUUGCGAAUUCGGGGCUUUAUCGUCUAUGACUUCCCGUGGAGGAUUGAGGAGGCUCAGAAGACCCUUCACAAGGCGCUAGAGGAUGGCAAAUUGGACAUUACGGAGGGCGAGCAUGUCGUCGAGACAACGUUCGAGGAUGUGCCGGGGACUUGGCUCAAAUUGUUCGAAGGUGCAAACACUGGCAAGCUGAUCACCAAGCUGGUCUGA